AAACUAUUUGGGGUGUCCAAGCCAUAUAUCACCAUAGGGACAUGAUAACAAAACAAGGUCAAUACUUCACAUCAGUUCAUUUACAGUACAGCUACGUGAUAAGAAGCAAUCAAAAAUCAAGAUGCAUAGAUCUUACCAGUCAAUUCUUCCAACUCAUAACAAACUUCUACAACAGAAGUGGGAUGAUACUUACUACAAUGAACACAAGAAAAAGGUUAAGGAGGCUCGGUCAAUGGUCGAUACAAAAGCCCCAAGGACCUAUCUCCAUCUUCAUCUAAAGCCAAAGAAGCUGCAGCUUGAAGAAGAACGCUUAGCAACAAUUGAACGUGAUAACAGAAUUCUCCUAGAAAAAAUGGCAUACAUUAUGAGAACAAGAGGACGGGUCGACAACUGGAACAAUUAUGAAUACAAAAGUUUAAAUCGUGAAAAGAGACAACGAGAACUUCUUCGUGUAACUCGAGAGAACCAAGCCAUCCUACAAAGAAUAACCAUGAGGAAACCUGAACUUAGCGCAGAAGAAGACCAUAAAAACUGGCUCCAAAAUCUACAAUUUAUGGACAAUAUUUCACAGUACCCUAAAAAUUGGUGGAAAAAUGACAAAGAUGACAAGGAAACAAGUCGAUCAGCACAUUCCCGCACCAAGAGUGAAAAUGAGGCUGCUGAAGAAAAUGAACAGCAAGAAAAUGAUGAGACAAGAGACUCUGAUGAAAAUAAUAAAGACAAUGAGAAACAGGAAGAUAAGACAGACAGUGAUGAGCAAAAAGACAAUGAAGAACAAAAGGUUGACGAUGACAAAGAUGAGGAAAUUGAACAAAAGGAGACUGAAACUGCAUAAUGAAUGAUGCAGUUUAAGUAUCCCAAAUAGUAUUCAAAGUUCAUUGUAUAUCUGAACUUUACCUGAUGUUAUUUUGUCUUCUUGAAAAUAACAUAUUGUAACCAAUUGCAGUCUAUGUAGUCGUACAUUUUGUAGUCAUACAUCACAUCAAGUCCCUGUACCAUCAGUUAGUUUGGGACUUUGUCAAAAUUACUCACUUUUCUGAUUAUAGAAAGAUGUUAAAUAAGAACAAAAGAAGAUAAGAUAUUUUUUUAAUACUCAUUGAUGCCUUAUAGGUUGGUACGAAGUGGUGAAGAAAUUCUGCUUUCACUGUGAUAUUUAGUAAGAUGUGAUAGUUUUAAGAUGUGAUAUAAAGAAUGAAGAUCUGCACCAAAUCAGUAUAUAAUGUGGUCAACAAUUCAUUUAUCAUUUUAUCAUUAGACCUAUGCACUUUUUAUGACACAAAAGCUCAUGCGAGGUAUAAAAGAAUGUUUGAGUUUCUUUGUUUCACAAAAUCCAUGACAUUUUGAUUUCCAUUUGUAAUUCUCAUAAAUAUUAAUUUGAUGCAAUGUUAAUAUUGAUUUCAAUUUGAUUUAUUCAUUGUAUUGUGUGCCAAGCUUCUAUAUUUAUUAAUAAUUAAGAAGACAUUGUGUAUAUUGAAUUAUGAUAUUCCCAUAAGAAUAGGGUAUGCAUGUUUCUGAAUGAUAUAUUAUUGAGCUCAUAAUAACUUAAGCAUUCCUACUUAAAAACCUACUUAAAACAUGAGCACUAAUCGAACUGCUUAUUACAUGUUGUAUAUUUUACAUUUAUAUAAUACUUAUAAUACUCUUUUAAAUGGAUUUUUACUUU